CUCAGAUUAUUUUCUAAUUUAGUAUUAAUUUCCACUUGACACGGCCAAAUACUUAUUUAAGUGACCUUAAAGCUGCCCUUUAACUUAUAUAUUACCGGUUCGAAGUAUCAUGGAAGUGUAUCUUCGCAAUUUUCGGAUUUUCAGCCGGUUUAUGCGUAAUUCAUCUUCAGUUACAUCAUGUAGGCAAGUUUCAGCCGUUACUGGAACAUCAGUAAAGGAAGAGGUCGACACGGCACUGGUGAACGCUUACAAUGCCGAUAUCAAAGCAGGAGGAGCAGUUCCCGUGUUCCGGCGAGCCCUGUUGUUCCCCACACGUGUGGCGCUCCAGGAUGAGGUGGGGAUCUACACCUACGCCGGCCUGCAUCAGGCUGCCAGCCAACUCAGCCAAGAAAUCUCUACACAGCUCGCGGGUGAUGGUGAGAAGACUAUCUGCUACAUGUGCGGUAACAACGCGUCCCACGUUAUCGUACAGUGGGCUAUCUGGAUGUCGGGGAACAUAGCCGUGCCCCUGACGGCGCUCCAUCCUCCACAGAUGCUCAAGUACUUCCUACAAGAUAGCAGAGCGAGUCUAGUCAUAUGCACCAAUGAAUACGAAAAUAUCCUCCGCCCGCUGGCUAAGGACAUGGAAAAACCCCUACUUAUCACUGGAAAGGACAAGGAGAUAACCGCUCAGUUGUACCAACCCAACACUUUAUUUUCGCCCAAAGAGGAAGUUAGUGACGUGGGAAGAUCUAACUUGUGGUACGGAGAGAAAGACGCGCUACUUAUCUAUACUAGCGGGACCACAAGCAAGCCCAAAGGCGUCGUUUGGACACACUCAAUGCUUAGCGCUCAGAUAGCGUCUCUCCACCAAGCAUGGCGGUAUUCCCGGCAAGACGUAGUUCUGCACGCGCUGCCGCUACACCAUAUCCACGGGCAGCUCAAUUCCAUGCUAUCCACCCUCGCUAUUGGCGCCAGAUUGCGGAUGCUGCCCGCCUUCGUAUCGCACACCGUUUGGGCACGUCUACUUGGGAUGGGUGAACGGGAGGAUGCUAAAGUGACCGUAUUCCACGGUGUACCCGCCAUGUACGCUCGCCUCGCCGCCGACCACGAGAAGAUGUUCCAAACGCCGAAAACUGCAGAAUACGUCAAAACCACGCUUCAGAGAAUGAGACUCAUGUGUGCCGGCUCCGCAUCGCUGCCGGAGUCGCUGUUCCAUAAAUGGGAACAGAUAUCAGGGCAGCGUCUACUCGAACGCUACGGCAUGUCGGAAGUGGGCAUGGCGCUCUCCAACGCAUACCGGCCGAUCUCGGCGCGUGCCGUCGGAUGCGUCGGCAUGCCGUUGCCUGGGGUCUCUGCGCGGAUCGCUGCCAAUGAUAAUGGGGUGCUGAAACCUGUUGUUACUGUGACUGCGCCUCCUGUAGAUACUACGAUAUCUCUAGAACAAUCCACCCAGGAUUCCAAGGACACUGAUGAUACUUGGACCACAGCAGAGGUGACCAAACACGUGGAUACUGACUGCCAGGGCGAGCUGCUGCUUAAGGGUCCCGGAGUAUUCUCAAGAUACUACAACCGGGACCGGAAACCGGAGGAUUUCACCCCCGACGGCUGGUUCCGUACGGGCGACACGGCCGCCUUCACUGACAACUUCCGGAUCCUCGGCAGAACCUCUGUUGACAUCAUUAAGACUGGUGGAUACAAGGUUAGCGCUCUCCAAGUGGAGUCGGCCAUACUGGAGCACCCCCGGAUCGCUGAUGCAGCCGUAUUGGGGAUCGACGACGCGAGCUACGGCGAGGCCGUGUCCGCGGUCGUCGUUCUUAAAGACCAGGCCACCAUGACUCUGCAGGAAUUGAAAGAGGAUGCCAGUAAGCGUCUCGCGCCGUACCAGGUGCCCAGGAAACUGCUGGUGGUCAAGGAAAUGCCCAGAAACGUCAUGGGGAAACUGGACAAGAAGAAAAUACGAGAACUGUAUGGUGAGGAGUUGAAGAUGUAAGGCGUAAGGGCAGAACACAGACAAAACCUCCAGACUUAGCAUAGUCGCGCUACCCCCUCUGCCACGCAUACGGUAAUUGGGUACUUUCCUUUACUUAAAAUAAAUUAUUUCACACCGUGCCCGAAAUAAAGCACCAGAUAAUUAUUAGAAAACAUAGAUAGCAGUUAUUUUUAAACAUAAUUUAUAUUUAAUAAAUCGGAUGGAAGUAUAAAAAGUAGGUGAGUUGACUGUGACGUCACUACACAAGUUUUCAUAUAAAUUCCAUAUUAACAAAUCGUUUUGACAAUGACAGUUCUAAAAAAGAAGCUGAUUUGUCUAGUAGGAAAGUAGCCAAUUUUACUCCAUGUUCGAGUCGAAAGUGUCUAUGUGUGACGUCCGUGUCUUUGAACGGACCAAUCGCGGCACGGGACUUCGCUCACCUCGUCCCGCGCACCCCCGCAUUUUUGGCAUCAUCGGUUGCAUGAAAUAAUUGCUCUAAACUCGGUCUAGAGGAUUCCUAGUCUAUGGGGCAGAAUAAAACAAAAGUUCUUGUGUGGCACUCGCAUGUCAGGGUAAGUACUGAAAUCAUGUGAAAAAUAAGCUUAUUGACAACAUAUACGG